AUGGACGACAACCUCCUCGCUACCCCCGCCCCAAGGCCGACUUUCUCGCCCAGGCAGAUUGCUGCCUUCUACUUCAAGCCCUGCCUGGACGAGGGGGGAGAGGCAACGGGAUAUUACGCCUGCAAGACCUGCGCUAAGCGCCGCAAGCACGCGCUCAAGUCGGGCUACAGUAACUUGGUGUCGCACGUGCGUCCAGCGCAUCCCAACGACGAGAGCGACAUGCGCGACGCCAGUGUUGCUGCGACGGGGACCCUGUUGCCAUGGGUCACUCAGAAAGACUCGAACCGCUACGCGUGGUUGCGCUGGGUUGUCACUGGCAAUUUGCCUCUGUCAUUCUGCGAAUCCAAGGAAACGCGACAGUACACGAAGCUAAAUCCCAUGUCUGUGGAGACACUGACGGCCACUAUGGAGGCUGUGACCAAGGCCGUGGAGAAGAAGCUCGGGGCCUCUAUGCCCGAGCAUUUUGGUCUCAUCCUCGACGGCUGGACGCACAAGACGGAGCACUACAUGGCGGUCUACGGCUGCUUCGAGACGGCCUCCGGUCCUCAGUACCCACUGCUGUCGCUAGCGCCUGUCAUGGAUCAGCCUGACGACCAUCUGAGUGCUGACGGCCAUCUGACGGCAAUCAAGCGAUUUCUCCCUUUUUUUGGUAAGUCGAUAUCCGGUUGUCUCUUCCUCGUAGGCGACAACUGCACCGUAAACAAGCGGCUGGCGAACCUACUUGGCUUACCGUUAAUCGGCUGCGCUAGCCACAGGCUCAACUUGGCGGUGCGGGACUACCUGGAGCCCCACGACAUUAUUCUUGAAAAAGUGCAGCAGCUUAUGCGUAAGUUGCGCACUCUCAAGCAAGCGGCCAAGUUGCGUGCCAAGACACCAUUGGUUGCUGUCCUCAGACAGGACACGCGGUGGUCGUCGACAUUUGCAAUGCUCAAGCGCUAUUGCAAGCUGCGCGAGUGCAUUUCGGCCGACGACGAGGAGCUCGCGGACCUCCUUCCGUCGCGUGGGGACCAUCGCAAGCUGGACGCGCUGCUGGCGAGCCUCCAGGACGUCGCGUCAGUGUCCAAGCACCUGCAGAGUGACGGGUUGACGCUACUGGACGCACGUGUCCUUUUCGACGAGCUCAUUAAGAGCCAUCCGUCAUUCACGAAGUAUCUCGCCGCUGAUGCAGAUAUUGUCCACUCCACCGUGUUCGAGCAAGCGGUCGUCAAGGUGCUGGACGACCAGGCGAGCCUGCUGACCGAUGGCGAAGUCUCUGCGCUGGACCCCUUCAAGCGCACGCAGGCCGCUGGGGGAGGAACAGAGCGCGCGCCGGCGGACAAGGAAGGCUUUGCUGUGCGUACUCUUAAGCGGCGCAAGACAGCUGACGCGCCGGCCACCUACGUGCUUCUGGAGGCGAUUCCGCCAACGUCCAACAUCGUCGAGAGGCUCUUCAGCGUGGCGCGCGCUGUACUGCGCCAUGAGCGUCACCGCAUCUCUCCCAUGAUGCUGGAGAUGAUCCUGUUCCUGAAGAUCAACAGCUCUAGAUGGAAUGUAGCGACGGUGGAGCAGUGCCUGUAA